AAUAUAAAUAAAUGAGGCCGCAUCGUGAUACACGUCGAUUGGAAGCCCAGUAGUUCCAGAGGCAAGUGCCGGGAGGAGGAGGAGGACGGAAGGAGAAUCCGCCUCCGCCUCAGCCGCCGCCAUCGUCGAGAUCGAGGUCGGUUUGUGAUGGCCGGCCAGUCGCGGAAGUGGCUGGUUCUGGUGGCGACGAUAUGGAUUCAAGCAUUCACCGGCACGAACUUCGAUUUCUCGGCCUAUUCUUCGAGAUUGAAAUCGGUAUUAGGCAUUUCUCAGGUUCAACUUAAUUACCUCGCCACCGCCUCCGAUAUAGGCAAGGUUUUCGGCUGGUCCUCUGGAUUAGCUCUGCUUCACCUACCGUUGCCGGUGGUUCUGUUCAUCGCCGCUUUCUUAGGACUAAUCGGUUACGGCUUCCAAUGGCUCCUAAUCGCCGAUUUCAUCUCCUUGCCCUAUUUCCUGGUGUUCUUCCUGUGUUUGCUUGCGGGUUGCAGCAUCUGUUGGUUCAACACUGUCUGUUUCGUCCUUUGCAUUCGGAACUUCUCUGCUAAUCGGCCUUUGGCAUUAUCUCUCACCGUCAGCUUCAAUGGCGUCAGUGCAGCUUUCUACACGCUCGCCGGCAACGCCAUUAAUCCCUCUUCGCCUCCCAUUUACCUCCUUCUCAACGCCCUCAUUCCCCUUCUCACUUCCAUUGCCGCUUUCCUCCCCGUCCUCCAUCAACCGCCGCUGCAAUCGCUUUCUCUCUCCUCUGACGCUGUUCAGCGAGACUCUCUCAUUUUUCUCAUCUUGAAUUUCCUUGCCGUCGCCGUUGGAAUCUACCUUCUCCUCUUCGGCUCUGUCACUUCCGCCGAUCCGAUGAUGGCGAGGCUUCUCUUCAUCGGAGCCAUCGUCCUUCUCGUGUUGCCUCUCUGUAUUCCCGGCGUUGUUUACGCUAACGAUUGGUUCCACCGGACCGUUAACUCGAGCUUCAGCCUCGACGGAUCUAGCUUCAUUCUUGUCCACGACGAAGAUCUUGAGUUUCAUAAGGAGCUGCUUAGUCGUGAAGCAAAUGGAAGCUUUGGCAAUGGCGGAUCUCAGUUAUUGUCUGAAUCUGCUUCGCUUAUUGACGGUGAGAUUGAAUCGAAAAGCUGUUUUCCGAAAUUGAUUGAAAAGGAUCAAUUGGCGAUGCUUGGUGAAGAGCAUCCGUCGAGCCGAUUGGUGAAACGACUGGAUUUUUGGCUGUAUUUCACCGCUUACAUCUGCGGUGGCACAAUUGGACUUGUUUACAGUAACAAUAUAGGACAGAUUGCGCAAUCGCUAGGGUUGAGUUCAAGAACCAACGCCAUCGUAACACUCUACUCCUCCUUCUCCUUCUUCGGCCGAUUGCUCUCGGCCGUACCGGACUACAUUCGAGCGAAAUUAUAUUUUGCAAGAACAGGAUGGCUUUCGAUCGCUCUAAUUCCAACUCCUAUUGCUUUCUUUCUGCUAUCGGCGUCGUCGAGCAUGGUGACGGUGUACAUAGGCACGGCACUGAUCGGUCUGAGCUCCGGCUUCAUAUUCGCGGCGGCAGUUUCCAUUACGGCGGAGCUGUUCGGGCCAAAUAGCUUAGGCGUUAACCACAACAUUCUGAUCACAAACAUUCCAAUCGGAUCUCUUCUGUACGGCAUGUUUGCAGCGGUGGUAUACGAUUCGCAGGGAAGGAACUCCGGGCAUGGUGAGGCGGUUGUGUGCAUGGGAAGAAGGUGCUAUUUCUUGACUUUUGUAUUUUGUGGAUGCAUUUCUGUUGUAGGCUUGGUUUCUAGCGUGUUACUGUUCUUGAGAACCAGACACGCUUAUGAUCACUUCGAAAGUAGUAGGAUUUCCAGUAGUUCAAGUAGAUUGUAUUAAUUUAUCUCACUGUUAUCAUUAUUCAUUCCAUACCUGAUUUUAGUUCCUU